CAAAACAAUUUUUAUAUUUAGCCGCUUCCUUUUGUUGUUUAAUCGAGGGGGAGAAGCGAUUUUCUUGGACGAAAACAAUUCGACAAAAACUACUAAAAAUAUAAUAAUAAAUCUCAUAAAUAUUAUAUAAAGUUGGCGCAAAAACAAAAUAUAACAAGAUAGAAUGAUUAUUAGGAUUAACUUUUUGUUAAUCCAGAAGGCUUCCUAAAAUUUGUUUAAUUCACCUUGGAAGCAAUCCAGCUACAAAUUGUUUUAAGUAAGGUGCUAGCAGAUUAUUCAGUAGACCUUAGUUGACUUGAGUGUUUAAAAAUGGAAUGGCAAAGUAAUGAACAAAACGCUCCAGGAAAGCCGAAAGAUGACGCUAACUGGAGGAAAGAGUUCGAUACUUAUUUUCAAUUCAUCGAGUCACUGCAAGUCUUGCUGACUGUGCGCAGGAAACUGGAGAUGCAAUUAGAUGAUUUAAAGUCCGAAGCUAUAUUUAAUAUAAUGAAUACAACCUACGAAACGGCCAUCGACAAUAUUUCUAAGGAAAUUUCCAACUUUCAGGAUACAAUUGUGGAUUUGGAUGAAAUUCAUAAAUUUAAAACUCGAUUAAGAAAUAUGGAAUUCAAAACUGCUCUACAACGAAUUCCUUUGCUGAGGAAACUAAACUCAGACAUUAAAUACUAUGAAGGGAAACUUGAGAAUAACGUGGGGAGGGCUGAGGAGAGCCUCAAUAACCAAGUAUCUUUUUUCAAGCAAAAAUUAUCAGACUUACUCAAACAAUUAUGCCAUACAAUAAUUGAAGAUAAGAUUGUCUUUCUGGAACUCAAAGAGCAUUACAGGGUAUUGGUAGAAAAGUAUUGUGAGCUUGAAAAUCAAGCUGUUGAGCAGCAUGCAUCAUUUGAUCUGUUCAAGAAUUUGGUGGUAAAUGAAGCAAUUGCUUUUCGCAAACAGAAAAGAAUCCCAGAGACUCAUUUCGAUGAACCUUCCGCAAUGGAACUUGAUGGUGAAAAGGACGACGAUGAAAAGGAAGCCGACUGGAAAAUAGGACGACUUGAAAAGAGAAGGCUAAAUCAACAACUAGAGUAUAAUAAUCAAAAGAAGCCAAAGCUUGAGACUCCAACAGAGACUUCAACUCCUCUGGUCUUAGAUAAAAUACCCGAAAAAGAUCCCUGGAUGAUGCCAAAGAAUCCUGAGACUCCAAAGACGCCUUCAUAUAAAACAGCCGAAAGGCAUAUUGAUCAAAUUAUGACGUUUAAUCCAUCUGAUCCAGACUACAUUGUUGAAUAAUAAUUUACAUCCAGAAAGAUUCGUUAAUUACAAUAUCGACUUUUUUUAGAAUUAUUUCACAAAAAAAGCAAAUGUCAUUAAAGAUUUCAUAGACCAGAUACACUCCAAACCACGUCCCCCACCGAGACAUGACAAUAAAACAGACAAAGACAACGAACUGGAUCAGAAAAUCAGAGAGAUAAUUCAUGCAAUUGAAUAUAUGUAUAAUAUUCACUAGUCGAAGAAUCACUGUAAUUUAUUUAGUUUCAAUGUGCAGUUAACAAAAAUCAAUAAACCAAUUAAAUUCCCACAAAA